AUGGCUGACCUUGAGGAUGAGGCACCGAAGCCACCCCCCAAAGGCCAGUUAUACGAGAGACCCAAGUCUUCGAUGGGUGGACCGGAGGAGAGGAAGCUUCGCGGACGCAAGUCGGCUUACGACAUUGGCCGCAACGUCCUGAACAGGACGUUUACGACGAAGACCAACUCUACCAGCGCCUCCUCAGGCAAUCAGAGCUCGACGACGCAAAGCAGCGACAGGAGUUUGAUGAGUGGGUCGUCAGCCGGCGCUAUUAGCGCAACGAGCGCCGGCAGCUUCGCUCGCAAAACCCAGAAGCGGGCUCAGAGUGCCCUGGGCAUGCGUGACGCUGAUAUCGAGCGUCCAGAAACACCAUUCACCGGUGUUACAUAUCACAGUAGUCACGCCUCGGAAGCAUCUCGGCCAAAGUCGCAAGCUGGCUUUCAUGACGAUGCUGGCCUUGGAGGCCUUGUCACCCCGAAACCCCCAAAAAGGAACAUCUUCAAGAAGCUCCUCGACACAGCCAAGACUGGGGUGGCAUCCGGUCGCAGUAGCAUUGCUAUGGGUGCCGACUCGCCCAGAUCGUCACCUUUUGCUCGCUCCAUGCCAAAUGUUGCCGCUCAAGCUGGUGCUAGCGUCUCUAACUUGACCAACUUGGGUAGCACUGGCUUCGGUAGGGAAGCAGCCAGGGAAAUGGGGCUUGCGAACGGGGUGGACUGGGUUCAAGUUCGCAGAGACGUCAAUCGAUCCAACUCUCUGAGUAAGAACGAGAGGAACGAGCGGAAAGACCGUUGCCAAAUGCUCGACUACCCUGCGUUGAACCCAGUCGAUGAAUUGUACGAAGGCAUGGAGGGUGACGAAGGUGCCGACGGUCUGCCUGUGGAGGACCCUAUCGACUAUCAAUCAAUCAAUCUUACCCAGGUGGACAAGAACUCGAGGUUCGUAGCCAGCUUCCCACCGACAACGACAGCGCAGAGCUUGGCAACAACCUACGUAUGUCGCCCAUACCGCAGCGAUGUCCAGAGACUGCGGGCAAUCUUCACUUGGGUGUCCGAGAAGCUCGUCUGGGAAGAGGACUUUGAAGGCGAAGUCGACACCCGAAGAGUGCUGCAGUCAAAGCGAGCGAGUGCUGAAGAGUAUGCAGUCAUUGUAUAUGAAAUGUGCUCUGCCGUUGGUAUCCAAUGUGAGGUCAUCCGCGGGUACCUCAAAACGCCCGGCGAGAUCCCAGAACAUAAUAUCAUGCCUCGGGCAAAUCACUGGUGGAAUGCGGUUCUGGUCGACAACGACUGGCGAAUGAUUGACUGCUGCAUGGCCAGCCCUUCGUACCCCAGGCGGCAUCUCUACUCGAGUGCUAGCAACAGCGCCGCAGACUUUUGGUGGUUCCUCACGCGGCCAACAGAGCUCUGCUGGACACAUAUCCCUGAACACCACACUCAACAACACAUGUGCCCGCCACAGGCCCAUGAAGUUCUUCUCAACUUGCCUUGCGCCUGCCCUCCCUUCUUCAAGAAUACGCUCGAGAUGGUCGACUAUAACACGGCGGCAACUCGUAUCGAGGAUCUGGAGAUGGUACAUGUCAAGUUCAAUGCUCCACCUGAUGUCGAAAUCGCUGCUGAAGUCGAAGUCCGCGGCUACACCAGAGAUGUCGACGGCGACGUAUUCGAGAGCGGCGAAGUUGUGAAAAAGAGGGCGUUGGCUCAAGCGGAGUGGUUCAACGGCACCAAACGAUACACCGUCAAGGCUUUGCUGCCUGGUGAUGAGGGUCAGGGAGUCUUGAAAAUCUAUGCCGGCAAGCGUGGCCUGAUGCAUAGCAUCAAAGACAUUCCCCAUCCAGUGGCAUUUGCGCUACCCAUCAUUCAUACGGGUGAGAACCCUCCGUAUGAGUUUGUGACGCGGCACCCGACGCCUCAUGCGCAGCGCCACGACAUCUACGUUGUUCAGCCUCAAUGUCAACGCCUGGCUCUGAACAACACUUUUGUUUUUGCAAUCCGGCAGCAUCCCAGCUCUGCGGGCGCAGUCGGCUCGGUGAUGACACCGUCAUCCAAUCCUGGGGGCGCAAGUCCAAUCCCCUUUAUAAGACCGAGCUCCGCCAUGAGUAUGACCGCCUCCAGCGCCAGCGGCUCGAAUCUCAGUUCAGCAGCUGCCGGUGGGAAGAAGCCAGCGAAGUUGGCGAUUCAGACUCCAGGCGGCAAAAUCCUUCGUCUUAUGAGGAAAGAGGAGCGCAGAGGAGUUAGUGUCGGCAGUAGAGGAGCUGAAGAGGAUCUCAGUGAUGGUGGUACGUGGGAGACCAUUAUCAAGUGUUCCGAGAAGGGGGUGUGGAGGGGGCUGGUAUUGGCAGACCGCACCGCUCGCUGGUGCGUCUUUGCCGAGUGGGUAUGUGUUGGAUGA